CCGGCCAGGAAGGCAGAUUGCAAAGGAGGAUGGAGUCGGCCACGGCGCGAGAGUACGCGGAGAUGGCGAGGAUCAUGAAUCUGACGAAGAUAUGCCAGCUCUCUGCCUUCGUCGUCGUGCUCUACGACCACUUUUUGAACAUAGGUGAUGAGAUCGAGUUUGUCUGGAGAAGACGCAUGUCACCAAUAGCUUGGGUAUACAUGGUGAUGCGGUACUUGGGUGAUGCACUUGCAAUCGUCAGCAUCGGCGGCACGUUCUUCCCGAAUCCGUCCCUAAAGGUGUGCCAGGCAUACUUCCCAACUGUACACGCGAUCGCUGUUCUACUUGGGGGAGUCUUCCAAUUCGUCCUGCUUCUCCGUGUCUACGCCCUCUAUGAAAAGUCCAGGAUGAUGCUCCGGUUCCUUGUCGCCGUGUUCUGCAUCGAAGCGAUCGUCGUGUUCGUCGAGCUUGGGCUGGGCUCUGGUGGAGUGGCUCUGACGAACGAGCCCCUCCCCGGCCUCAGAGGCUGCAUCCUGACGGCGAACCCGCCGAUGUACUACCUCGAGUUCUGGGGGCCCAUUAUCAUCUAUGAGACGCUCCUCUGCGUGCUCGUCCUCAAGGCGGGGUGGACGCACGCGCGCGCGGAGUACCAGGGAGCGCGGUUGCCCGUAGGCAGGAUCGUCAAGACGCUGAUCAGGGACAACGUCUUGUACUUCUUCUGCUUCCUCUUCGUGUGUCUCGUCAACGUCGUCAUGUGGGCGAAACUUCCUGCCUCAUGGUCCGACAUGCCCGAAGGCUUCGUCCCCGCCACGGACAUCGUCCUCGGCUGCCGGCUCAUCGUCAACACCUGGCAGUCCGUGCGCGGCGGCCCGCAGCGGAUCGGCGCCGGCGCCGGCGACGACAGCACGUACGGCGACAGCGGGACGCACGAGCUCGCGACGAUGACGGCGAUGCAGUUCACCGACGAGAAGGGCGUCCCGCGGCCCUCUGGGACGUACGGCACAGGCCGCCGCGGGCACGGGCACGGGCACGGGCACGGGCACGGGCAUAAGCGGAGCUCGACGCAGACGAGUGCUGGCAUGCCGAGAUUUUCGGCGGACUCGGCGUACACGCGGCUCGGGGAGCGGACGCUGGUCGAGGGGGAGAGGAACAGGAGCAGCUUUGGGUCUGCGAAGGGGAAGGACAGAGAUGUGGAGAUGGGCGUGGGGAUGGAGCUGGUGGAGGAGCAGGAGGAGCCGGUCUACGCUCUCCCUGAUAUCGAUGGUGACGUCGACACCAGGAUAUCGGGCAUCGUCCCUCUGUCAACUUACUCGCCGCUUCCACGCGAUCACAUUGACCACGGUGGACGAGGACGAUUAGACGGGCGCGCGCUGUCGGAGGACUCUGUUGCAUCGGGUCAGCAUGGGUUCUCAAAUCUGGCAGCAGAGGAGGGGGACAGAUAUCCGCCAGAGUCGUUGCGCCGGAGCCUGGACCGAGAAGCGGUUGCUGGCGCGGGCGCUGGCAACGGCUUGAGGCCGCUCCCAAUACCAGGCGUGCGCCCUCUGCCUAACCCCGCUUCCCAUCCUCGAAUACGGCCUCUACCCGACCCAGGAGCUGGGGCGGUGGAGAGGAGAGAACGGACAGCCUACGAUGACGGAGAGCCGUUCAUCGAGUAUUCGUAUUGAUUUUUCUGAGCUCGAGCAGACAUUUUGGAGCGCUGCGCGCCCACUUCUCUCCGUUACUUGUGCUCCAAGAUGGGAGGGGUGCCAUCGGGGCACGAAACUGUAACUUUAUACUUUACCCACUCACAGAGCGUACGCACAUUCCUAGUCACGAGAAACAUGAUUAAUUGAUCCAUAGUAG